AUGAGCGCCGACGAAGCUGCACCGGCGUCGCCCAUCAGCCGGCUCCCCGUCGAGCUCCUCGACGCCAUUCUCGCCAAGGUCGACGAGCCGUUCGGCCUGCUCUCGCCGGCCGAGAGGGACGUGCGGCUCGCGACACUCGUCGCAGCGUCGCGCGUCUCGCGCUUGUGGCACGCCGUCGUCCAUCCGCUCUUGUACCGGCAGGUCGAGCUUGACGGCGGCGGGACCGGGCAGCGACGCGACCACGGCGCUCUCGUUAAGACCUUGUGGGUCAGCUCGGUGAGGCUACACGCGUUCAGCCCGCUAUACGAACUGUACGAGCUGUAUCCGCACGCCGAGGAAGUGAAGCUCGACGGUCGCGUCACGGAGUACCUCAAUUUUCUCGUCCUCUGCAGCAACCUCCGCACCCUCCUCCUCGAGCACGUCCAACCCAUUCUCAACGCGUCGUCCUCGUUCUCCCAUCUCACGACGCUCAGCUUUCGCCGAGUUCGGCUCGAUCUUUACCACCCACUCGGCCGUAACCUCCUCGACACGACGCACUUCCCCGCGCUCCGCCACCUCGCCCUCCUCACCUGCACCCCUCACGAGGAGCACCCCCUAAACUCGCCCUCGCCGCACAUCCCGUACCUCUCGCCCGACCUCCUCGCCCAGCUCGACGAGCUCCUCCUCGACGCCGUCGACCACGAGCUCAUCACGACGGCGCACGUCCCGUCGUUCGACCGGUCGACCGGGCCUCGCGUCGCCUGGCGCGUCGACGUCGGGAGCUCGAGCCCUUCGACGACGCUCCCCUUCCGGCACGACGUUCUGCCUGUCGAGCACCUCGUCGUCACGGUACGGCAUGACGAGAAGCUCGACAAGACCAAGCACCGCCGUCGGCUCCUGCGCGACGUCGCCGAGGUCCUCGAGGGAACGGCGAGCGCUCGGGCCGUCGCCAUGCCCGCCGUGCUGUGGCGCUCGGCGCCGGCGAGCGCGUCCAGCUCCCGAACCGCCUGGAUCAAAGACCACAUCUCGCAGCUGUGCGAGCGGCGCGGGAUCGUGCUCGAGACGUACGAGCGGGCGCGGCUCGAGCGGGCGCCGAGGGUCGGCGGCGACGGCGAGGCGAGACGGUCGGGCGUCGAGUAG